CGACAGUAAACGAUCCACAGGCAUUUCCUGUCCCACCAUUCCUUCAGUGGAAAGCCACCACAAUAUCACGGGGGAUUUUAGAUCCGGGAAAGGACGCAGAGACCCAGCUAGGACCCCACAAACCUGCGUCAGAGACGGUUUUCUAAUAAAUCCAGACUUCAGGAAUGACACGGUGUCAGUGAGGAAUAUCACGUUUCUCUGAGAUUGACUGGAGGUUGGCGUGCAGCAGCCGGGCGGUGGCAUGGCCUUGUCGUUCUGUGGCGGUAAUAACACUACUGAUUUUUACAACGUGAGGGACGGCGUGCUGAACAAUGGCUGCUUUGUGGACGCUCUCAACCUGGUUCCUCAUGUCUUCCUGCUCUUCAUCACCUUCCCCAUCCUCUUCAUUGGCUGGGGCAGCCAGAGCUCAAAGGUCCAGAUCCAUCACAACACAUGGCUUCAUUUCCCCGGACACAACCUGAGAUGGAUCCUCACUUUCUCGCUGCUGUUCGUCCACGUCUGCGAGUUCGCGGAGGGCAUUGUCUCCACCAAGGUGAUGAACUCCAACCACCUCCAUCUCUACAUGCCAGCCUUCAUGGGGUUCAUAGCAGCUACAACAUCAGUGGUUUACUACCACAACAUAGAGACGUCCAACUUCCCCAAAUUGCUGCUCGUCCUGUUCAUCUACUGGGUGUUGGCAUUCAUCACAAAGUCCAUAAAGCUGUGGAAGUUUGCUGAGUUCAAUGUCGGGCCGCAGCACUUAAGGUUCUGCAUCACGGCCAUGUUAGUGCUUCUGUACGGGCUGCUGAUGGCCGUGGAGGUCAACGUCAUCAGAGUCCGGAAAUAUGUCUUCUUUGCCAACCCUCAAAAGGUGAAACCACCCGAGGAUUUGCAGGAUUUGGGGGUUCGUUUUCUGCAGCCGUUUGUCAACCUGCUGUCCAAGGCGACAUAUUGGUGGAUGAAUCCUCUCAUCAUCGGAGCCCAUAAGCGACCGAUCGAGCUGAAGAAGAUCGGCAAGCUGCCCAUCGCAAUGAGAGCACUCACCAACUACCUCCGGCUGAAAGACGCCUACGAGGAUCAGAGGACUGCAGAGGAUCCAGAUCGCAGCCCUUCAAUAUGGCGCUCCAUGUACCGAGCGUUCGGUCGUCCAAUUCUGCUCAGCAGUACCUUCCGCUACCUGGCCGACCUGCUGGGCUUCGCCGGGCCGCUCUGCAUCUCUGGGAUCGUACAGUACAUGGAGGCGGAGAAGAACAGGACGUCGAGUGAUGAGCGACAUUUAGGCGUGUACUUCAUGUCCUCCUCUGAGCUGCUGCAGAACACCUCGGUCCUGGCCGUGCUUCUCUUCCUGGCUCUGAUCCUGCAGAGGACCUUCCUGCAGGCCUCCUACUACGUCACCAUAGAAACGGGGAUCAACCUGCGAGGAGCGCUGCUGGCAAUGAUUUACAACAAAAUCCUGCGUCUGUCCACCUCCAACAUGUCGAUGGGCGAGAUGACCCUGGGGCAGAUCAACAACCUUGUUGCCAUAGAGACAAAUCAGCUGAUGUGGUUCCUCUUCCUCUGCCCUAACCUGUGGGCCAUGCCUGUGCAGAUUGUGAUGGGAGUGAUCCUGCUCUACUACCUGUUAGGCUGCAGUGCUCUGGUUGGAGCAUCUGUCAUUGUUCUGCUCGCUCCGGUGCAGUACCUCAUCGCUACGAAGCUGGCGGACACUCAGAAGAGCACUCUAGAACACUCCACAGACCGUCUAAAAAAGACCACAGAGAUCUUAAAGGGCAUCAAGCUGCUGAAGCUUUACGCUUGGGAGAAUAUCUUCUGUGACAGCGUGGAGGAGACAAGAGGCAAAGAGCUCACCAGCCUCAGGACGUUCGCUUUCUACACGUCUAUGUCCAUUUUCAUGAACGCUGCCAUCCCCAUUGCUGCAGUUCUCGCGACGUUUGUGGUUCAUGAUUUCAUCAAUCUAAGACGUCCCAGUCCCGCUGAGGCCUUCGCAGCUCUGGCCUUGUUCCACAUCCUCGUCACUCCUCUGUUCCUGCUCUCCACAGUCGUCAGAUUCGCCGUCAAGGCUCUGGUCAGUGUCCAGAAGCUCAGCGAGUUUCUUCAGAGUGACGAAAUCGGAGACGACAGCUGGAGGAACGGAGAUAUGUGUGUUUCUAUGGAAGCCGGGAAGAAACACCUCGGAGGGACCAAGGCUAUCAACCGGAAGAAGCCCAUGCGCUACCAGAUGGACAACUAUGAGCAGCCGAUCAGGCGGCCGAUGAGACCGACGGAGACGGAGGAUGUGGCUGUAAAGGUGAGCAAUGGAUUCUUCACCUGGGGGAGCAACCUCUCCACGCUGUCAGACAUCAACAUCCGCAUCCCUACAGGUCAGCUAACAAUGAUUGUAGGCCAGGUGGGUUGUGGGAAAUCCUCCCUGUUGCUCGCCAUGCUUGGUGAGAUGCAGACCAUCGAUGGAAGAGUCCACUGGAGCAAGCUGCCUGAUUGUGAGAUGUUCAACGAGGAGAUGUUCAGCAAGAACAGAAACUCUGUGGCCUAUGCUACCCAGAAGUCCUGGCUGUUGAAUGCAACAGUGGAAGAAAACAUCACAUUUGGCAGCCCUUUUAAUAAACAACGGUAUAAGGCGGUCAUUGACGCCUGCUCUCUGCAGCCAGACAUCGACCUGCUGCCGUUUGGAGACCAAACUGAGAUUGGAGAAAGGGGCAUCAAUCUGAGUGGAGGUCAGAGGCAGCGGAUUUGUGUGGCCCGAGCUCUCUACCAGAACACCAACAUCGUCUUCCUGGACGAUCCGUUCUCCGCUCUGGACAUCCACCUCAGCGACCACCUGAUGCAGGAGGGAAUCCUGAAGUUUCUGCAGGAUGAUAAACGCACCGUAGUCCUGGUCACACAUAAACUGCAGUACCUCAUACAUGCAGACUGGAUCAUAGCGAUGAAGGACGGCUCCGUGUUGAGAGAAGGAACUCUGAAGGACAUUCAGACUCAUGACGUGGAGCUUUACGAUCACUGGAAGACUUUAAUGAACAGACAGGACCAGGAGCUGGAAAAGGAUAUCCAGCAGGACAGUCAAACGAUGAUGGAGAGGAAAACGCUGAGGAGAGCGUUUUACUCUAGAGAGGCCAAGAAUCAAAUCGAUGAUGAAGACGAAGAGGAAGAAGAGGAGGAGGAAGAGGACGACAACAUGUCAACAACCACCAGCAGAAGGUCGAAGAUUCCCUGGAAGGUGUGCUGGUGUUACCUGUCCUCUGGUGGGUUCUUCAUGGUCUUCCUCAUGAUCUCGUCUAAACUCCUCAAACACUCGGUCAUCGUGGCCAUCGACUACUGGUUAGCCCAGUGGACUUCAGAUAAAAACUAUACCUCCAUGAGCAACAUCACCAGUGAAGGAGAGAGCAACAAUCACUACCUGCUGGUGUUCAUCAUCCUCUGUGUGGCUGGGAUCACUCUAUGUCUCAUCACCUCACUCACUGUAGAGUUUCUAGGUGUUUCUGCAGCCACAAACCUGCACCACAACCUGCUCAAUAAGAUCAUCCACGCCCCCAUCAGGUUCUUUGACAUCACUCCCCUCGGUCAGAUCCUCAACAGAUUCUCAGCUGACACCAACAUCAUCGACCAGCACAUUCCUCCGACGCUCGAGUCUUUAACCAGAUCCACACUGCUGUGUUUGUCGGCCAUCGGCGUCAUCUCCCGUAUCACUCCAUGGUUCAUCAUCGCCCUCGUUCCUCUCGCCGUGGCCUUUUACUUCAUCCAGAAAUACUUCAGGGUCGCCUCAAAGGACCUGCAAGACCUGGACGACUCCACCCAGCUUCCUCUACUCUGUCACUUCUCUGAGACGGCCGAGGGUCUGACCACAAUACGAGCUUUCAGACAUGAAGCUCGAUUCAAACAGCGCAUGCUGGAGCUGACAGACACCAACAACACAGCCUAUCUGUUUCUGUCUGCAGCCAACCGCUGGCUAGAGGUCCGAACGGACUACCUUGGAGCGGUGAUCGUGCUGACAGCAGCGGUAGCCUCCAUCUGGAGUACAGAGCAAGGUUCCUUAAAAGGCCUGGUGGGGCUCGGACUCACCUACGCCCUCACUGCCACUAACUACCUGAACUGGGUCGUGAGGAACCUGGCCGACCUGGAGGUCCAGAUGGCAGCUGUGAAGAAGGUCAACAGCUUCCUCAGCACAGAGUCGGAGAACUACGAGGGAUCUAUGGAUUCCACCCAGGUCCCUGAGAACUGGCCUCAGAACGGGGAGAUAAAGAUCCAGGAUCUGUGUGUGCGCUACGACCCCAUGCUCAAACCGGUGCUCAAACACGUCAACGCCUACAUCGAACCAGGGCAGAAGGUGGGAAUCUGCGGCCGAACGGGCAGCGGGAAGUCGUCUCUGUCGUUGGCCUUCUUCAACAUGGUGGAUAUGUUCGAAGGAAAGAUCAUCAUCGAUGGGAUCGACAUCUGUAAACUUCCUCUGCAGACACUCAGAUCCAGACUCUCCAUCAUCCUCCAGGAUCCUGUGUUGUUCAGCGGCUCUAUCAGGUUUAAUCUGGAUCCAGAGAGGACGUGCACUGAUGACCGGCUGUGGGAGGCGCUAGAGAUCGCUCAAUUAAAGAACAUGGUGAAAGCUCUGCCUGGAGGACUAGACGCUGUGGUGACAGAAGGAGGAGAGAACUUCAGCGUCGGUCAGCGCCAGCUCUUCUGUUUGGCCCGAGCCUUCGUCAGGAAGAGCAGCAUCCUCAUCAUGGACGAGGCCACGGCGUCGAUAGACAUGGCCACGGAGAACAUCCUGCAGAAAGUUGUAAUGACUGCAUUUGCAGACCGAACUGUUGUUACGAUCGCACACCGUGUCCACACCAUCGUAACCGCCGAUCUGGUCAUCGUGAUGAAGCGAGGGAACAUUCUGGAGUAUGACAAACCUGAGACUCUUUUGGAGCAGGAGGACGGGAUCUUCGCUUCAUUCGUAAAGGCUGACAUGUAAACAACGUACAGCUGCUCAGAGAGGACGACAACAGCUGACGCACCGAUCGGUCGGUAUUUUUCUGUUUGGACUUUUCUUAAAGAGGAAGACACUGCUGUGAUUUUACAGCCAAUGAGGAGCGUCUCUGAGUCGUCAGUGGAAGGAAAACUCCAUCAAUCAUACAUUUAUGUUUUUUUAAGACUUGAAUUUUUCAGGUGGUCAGGCAGAAAGCGCUGCCUUUUUCAGAGAUUAUUCAGACGUAUGAUUUCACUCAGAUGUCCAGUCCUACAGGUCGAGUUUAUCAGUAUGAAAAACGGUAGAGCCAGUGGAUGGCUGACCUGGAUGCAACCAUUUUUAAGAAGAAUUCAAACUACGGUGAAUAUUUCUGUGUCCAUAGACGAUAUUUUAGACCGAGCUGAUUCUCCCAUACUCAGAGGAACAAUUUCAACUGAAAGAAGUUAAAAAGUCUUUAAGUAUUUUGUUGAAAAUGUUUGUUAUAUUAACAGAAAGCUAUGCACAGAUGUAUGAGUUUAACUUUUUAGCACUUGUAUUAUGCAAUAACAGGGAAAGAAGGGAGAUCCUGUAUUUGAAGCCCUUUUUAAAAGUAAUGAAUGUUAGCUGUGGGUUGCACCAACUGGUCCUGGCUAAACCUGGACCUCCUUUAACCUGGUCCCCAUUAAACCUGGUCCUUGUUAACCUGAUCCUUGUUAACUAGGUCUUUGUUACACCUGGUCCUCAUUAAUCCUGGUCCUGGCUAAACCUGGUCCUAGUUAUGUCACCAACCGUCUUAUGUCAAAGGUCACAGUACCAUGCUGGAAGUCUCUGAGCUCUUAAAUCCAUAUAGGAUCACUAAUGCUUGAGACUGCAUGGCUUCUCUACUCCUGUUGGUCUGAUUUAACACCUGAAUUCAGUAGUUAACAGGUGUGGCCAAAUACUUUUGUCCAUAUGGGGCAGCUCUUAGGGAGGUGAAGGGUUAAAUCAAACAGGUGUGUUGGACUUUGGCUGCCAAAUAAAGAGUUUGCAUGAGACCAGGAAAGAGGCCGGCUGGUGCAACUAAUUUUUGUUUUAGUUUUUCACAUUUUUAUAUUGAAAUCUAAGCAGAAGUAGGACUGAUUGAACUGAUGGUGCCAAAAGUUUAAGAAGAAAGACGUCUCAUGGCUACAACCCAAAGAGUGAAACUUUUGGUCCAUUCUCCUGAAAAAGCCAGAAAAAAGAAAACAUCACAGGAUUGGCUGCAACUUUUCUCUUCUCACUUCUGCAACUUGCAAACAACAAAAAAGGGAGUCUUAAGACCUUCUUUUAUUUUUCUGGUUUUAAAAACAUCAGCAUGGCAUAGAUUCCCUAAGGAGAAGAUUAAGAGACAUGCUUGAUAACAAAGCCGCCAUGAUUGGAGAACAACAGAAUGGUUGUGUGAGGCUGGUUGGUAUCCAAGUUUGGUGUAAACUAGAGCUGCAGCCUGGAGGUUCUACGCCGCCGUGAAGUUUCCUCUCAUCAGGAAGAAGAAGAGCUUAGAACAUCCAGGAGGUAGUUGUAGUUAAGUAUGUUGUUUUGAAACUUAGAGGGAAAUGAGACAGACAUCCCAAUAACAGACUGCAGAGAUGUUUAAGUAGACAUAUCCAUCCAUAGAUGUUUGCAGAGUUGGACGUGAUAUGCCUGUUGGACUCCCACCUCUGCGCUGUUCUAUCAGUUGUAUUUCUAUGACUAGUGCAAACACUGUAGGGUGUCCCGGCUCAGGCUGAGGCCGGUGAACCCGCUGUCUGUCUGCAGUCAUGCUUUGCUGAAUUUCUUAUCCUCGGGACAACAGACACUGACUCACCAGAGCUCCAGAGAUGGUUAAAUGGGACAGAGAGGGAGGGAAGUCUCGAAGAGUCAGAGCGGAAAGUUGUUUGAGUGGACAACCAUUCUCAUCUGGGUGGGAUGACAGACUGUCUCUAAUAUCUGUCAUAAUCUUAUCAAAGGUCUGUAGAUUAUCAGGCAUCCAAAGCUGGAUCCAACCAUCCAACUCUGACAGACCUCAGCUCUAAAACUAAACCAGGACCAGAGAGAAAUGUUUAACAAGUGGACGCUAAUGAUCUGGCCAUAAGAGUUGUUGACCUAGUACCCAAUCAGAAACAUUCAGCUCUGCAGAUGCAGCCCCCUUAGUUCCUGGAAAGUACCAACCCCUGAACAGGGACUUCCUAAGGCUUAGACCAGGAGUUUUCAAAGUGUGGAAGUGUGAGCCUCCCCUAAGAAGAAAUUAUUCAUUCGAUGGACCCCCCUCCCCCCCCACAAAAAGAAUUCAAAUUGAAAAAAAAUUACACAA